AUGAAAGGUGGAAGGAAGAAUCUGAAGAGGGCAGUGGAGGAAGAGAGCUUGACCCUCAAAGAUGGUCACUCUAUAAUGCAAGUAGUUUCUCUCUGUGGUUCCAAUCUCAUUGAGGUCAUGGAUGCACAGGGAGAGAAAUCUUUGGCGUUGUUUCCAGCUAAAUUUCAAAAGAGCAUGUGGAUAAAACGACGGAGCUUUGUUGUUGUUAAUGCAAGUGAAAAGGAGAAGGUUGUUGAAUCUGGCAGCAAAGUGGCAUGCAUUGUUUUGCAAGUUCUGUUUUACAAACAAGUUCGUGCGCUUAAGGCCCAGUUUGGGAUUGCUGUCACUUUUAAAAAAAAUAGUGGUAGUGAUGGAGUGGAGGUGGUGGUGGUAGGGAUGGCGCUUGUGGAGGUGGUGGUAGUGACAGCAUGGUGGUGGAGGUGGCAGCAUGGUGGUGGUGGUGGUGUUGGUUGUGGAGGUGGUGGUGGAUGUGGAGGUUUUGAAGGAGGUGGUGGUGGUGGUGGUUGUGGUGGAGGUGGAGGUGAAGGUGGAGUUGGUGGUGGUGGUGGUGGCGGUGGCGAUGGCGAUGGCGAUGGCGGUGAUUGUGGAGGUAGUGAAUAUGGUGGUGUAAGUGGUGGAGUUGGAUGUGGAAGUGGAGGUGGUGUUAUUUUUUAA